UUCCUGGUUGUGACACGGAGGAAUGACCCACAUCGGUGGUCAGCGUUCGUAGCUUUUAAAAGUGUUAUGUGAUUCACGGCACUGUCACAUUUCGACAAACAGAUCAUGGCUCAACUUUGGUGUAUUGGGCUGCUGCUGCUGCUGCUGUGCAGCGCUGCUCCGCUGUCAGCGGCACCGACAGGAGGCAGCUUCCGGUCGGGCACAGGCAGGUUCUGGCACAUCACCGACCUCCACCUGGACCCGACCUACCACCUGACGGCGGAUCCCACCAAGGUCUGCUUCUCCUCCAAAGGAGCCCCCGCCAAAAACGCCGGCCUGUUUGGCGACUUCCUGUGCGACUCGCCGUAUCGCCUCAUCCAGUCCGCCUUCACCAACAUGGCCCCGCUCACACGGCAGCAGGACUUCAUCAUAUGGACCGGUGACAGUCCACCUCACGUCCACGUCGAUGACCUCUCCACAGAGACGGUGAUCCAGGUGAUCGGUAACAUGACCCAGACCGUCAGACAACACUUCCCCAACCUGACGGUCUUUCCUGCGCUGGGGAACCACGACUACUGGCCACAGGACCAGAUGCCGACCUCCACCAACGCCAUCUACAAGGCUGCUGCUGAGCUGUGGAAGCCGUGGCUGCAGACAGAAGCUCUGCUCACACUCUCGCAAGGCGGUUUCUACUCCCAGCUGGUGAAGCCUGGUCUUCGUGUGGUCAGUCUCAACACCAUCCUUUACUACGGACCCAACAAAGUCACCAGCAACAUGACGGACCCUGCUGGACAGUUCCAAUGGCUGGAGAAAACUUUGGAUAAAGCUGAUCAGAGCCUUGAGAAGGUGUACAUCAUAGCCCACGUACCUGUCGGGUAUCUGCCAUUUGUCAAAAACAUCACUGCAAUCAGAGAAACGCACAACGAGAGGCUGGUGUCCAUCUUCAGGAAAUACAGUCACGUCGUCGCGGGUCAUUUCUAUGGCCACACCCACCGCGACAGCAUCAUGGUGCUUUUGGACCAGAAAGGUAAACCCCUGAAUUCCCUGUUUGUGUCCCCGGCUGUUACACCGAUCAAACAUGUUAUGGAGCCGUACUCCAACAACCCGGCUUUCCGCAUGUACCUGUACGACGCCGAGGACUUCGGCGUGUUGGAUAUCUGGCAGUACUAUUUGAAUCUGACGGAAGCCAAUGAGAAACAAAGACCUGACUGGAGGCUUGAAUAUAUCAUGACUGAGGCUUUUGGACUGACUGACCUGCAGCCUCAGAGCCUGCUCCAGCUCGGCCUGAGCUUCAGGCUGCCGCAGACCAAGGCCUUUGAGCGGUAUUUCAGGAACUUCAUGGUCAACUAUGACGGCAGCAUCACGUGUGAGGGAGACUGUAAGGUGAACCAGGUGUGCGCCGUCCUGUGCCUGGACCUGACGUCCUACUCCAAAUGUGUCGCGCAGGGAAAAUGGUAGCAAAGUGGAAACUGGAGCAAAAUGAGCCGUAUUCCUCUCAGGUGUCGCAUUUAGAUGGGGACUUUUUUUAAGAUUCAUUUUAAAUCGUUUUUAUUCUCAUUUAAUUGUGACAAAAGGUUUUCAAUCAUCUGCCUCCCUGUUAAUCUUGACUAUUUUAUACUUUUACAAACUGGUAUUUCAUGUGAUCAAAGUGUUUGUUGUUAAAUAUUAGAUGCAGUCCAGUUCUGCAAAACAAAACUCUUCUCUUAUAUCAUGUACAAAAAAUGGUUACUCAGUUAUUUAGUGGACGUCUUGAAUGCACCUUGAAGCUGCUCCUCUAAUCUCAACAGCCUGUAGAUCCCGCAGAAGUGUUGAAAUUUACCAGGGUCUUUGAACGCAUCCCGUUAGCUGCGGCCGUUAGUUCAGCACUACAGCAAUACGAGUUCUCAGACGAACACUCCAACAUCUUAUUCUGGUUUAUUUCUUAUAAAACAGUCAAUUUUUAGCCUGAGCAUCAACAAAUCAGCAUCUUAGAGGUAUAAAUCAAUUUGUGGUGUACCACAGGGCUCCAUGUUAGGCCCUGUACUAUUUUUUCAUAGAUGACUGUCUCAAACAAUAGAUAUUUUGAUUAUAUUUACUCGGGAUGGGCAAUUCUUUGCUUGAUUAUAAAACAUUGUCGGUUGCUGCACAUCUUGAAGCUUCUCCUCUGAACUCAACACCCCGUAGAUCCAGCAGAAGAGUUGAAAUUUACAAGGGUUCUUUGAAUGCAUCUCGUAAGCGGUGGCCAUUUAGCUCAACACAUCGCAAACCCUGCAUUGCUUCCUCUCAUGCGCUGGGGUUGAGAAUAUCCUCCUCUUAUAUUUACUCACGUUUAUCGUCUGGAUGUUUUAAUUCCUCAGGGAUUUCGCAUAUUUAUUCUAAACAAUAAUCCUCAGUUUAAUACUUAAAUCUGUGGAAAUAAUGUAUAUGUAAUAUUAUUUUUAUUACGAGGAUUGCACGUAAUUUGUUCUGUUCCAUAAUCUCUCUCUGAAGUGCUGUGUAAUUGGUCAAAGUCUCCUUAAAGUUAAAAAAUGGAGUCAAGAGAAGGUUCUUUUAAGAUGAAAUACACAUAAAAUAUAACAUCAUACGUGAGACGUUUUUUCUUCUGCGCAGUUGAAGUCUGUGAUGUUUUGAUGGGUUGGAAACUUUUUCUUUUAUCUUCACUUAUUUCACUAAUGUUUUAUUGUAUCCAAUCUUUGAAAUCACUUGAUGCUGGUUGAGCAUUUUUUUAUCUUCUAUAUCCUCUGAAAAAAAGAGCAGAUUUAUGGAGGUUGUUGACGAUUCUCUUGCCUCAGAGCAGCUGUCGUCUUUACCUCCAGGACUUGCGAGUGUCAAACGUGUGC